GUUCCUUCGAUCAGUCCGGUGCAUGUGUUGGCUUACAAUUUGUUAAAUAACAAAAAACAACAAAAACAAAAAAAUCUAAUACGUUCAACAACAGAUUUGAACAUUUGUAGUGAAGUGCACAGCUGCAAUCGAAAUAGUAAAUCGAUCGAAGAAAAAAAUAAACACAGCGAGGAUGAAGCUUGCUUUGAUAUGUCUGCAGUGCGUGCUGGUGUGCGUCGUUGCCCUUCCCCAGCACGUCACGCAACUACCGAACUUCACGAAGCUCUCCGCCGAGGAGAUCAGACAUCUGCAGAAUAGAGGCUUUGGCCCAACGUCUCCUUCACCUUUCAGGCCGACCCUGGCUUACGAGGAGGACGAAGACGAUCACGAAGAUGACAUCAGCUUGGCUUCUACCCAGCAACAAAGGCCGGUGUACGCGAACGAAGCGUACCUGCAGAACGUAAUCCCCGUCGUUCGGGUGCAGCAACGGCCGCAACCUGUCAGGAAGGUGCAGCAGGAGUAUGUGCCGAAGCCAAACUACGAGAAGCAAUCGAAUUCCAAAGUGAAGGGAAAAGAGGAAGAGGUUGAGGAAGAAGAGGAGGAACCCGACCGUUUGACCGUACUUUUAGCUCAAUCCAAAUUCGAUUGCGUUGGAAAGAAAACUGGAUACUACGCCGACGAAAACCUGGGCUGCGAAGUUUUCCAUUACUGUCAAGAAAAUGCGAAGCACUCCUGGAUCUGCCCAGAAGGGUUUACAUUCCAUCAAGUCCAUCUGAUUUGCAUGCCACCGAGCGGCGACAACAUCUGCGAAAAGUCUUCCCAAUUCCACUUCGUCAACGACUAUCUCUACAAACCUCUGAACCUUGAAGAGCAUCAAUCGAAGCCGAACGUUUCCUUGAAAUACUCCGACAGGUACUACCCUGAACAAUACACCGGUUACAACCAAUACGAAGAAGACAACGAAGACGGACAUCAAUACCAUCAUCAACAAAAGAAACCUAUCCGCGUUGGAUUGCAACAGCAGCAACAACCUCCUAAACAGAGUACCGUCAAAUAUGCCCAGCAGGACGCGUACAACGAUGGUCAACAGGUUUUCAGGUCUCCCGAGGAGGUGAACAUUUCGCUCCAGCAAAGAAGGCCACAGUACGUGACGCAAAGAUACCGUCAGGAGUACGAUUUCGCAUAAGAGGCCAGACAUUCGAAAAAAAAAAAACGAAAUU